AUGACCAUCAUCCAGGGCUACGGCCAGAACGAAGAAAACGACGAAGGCUCGCCCUGGUUGGGUCGUAUCAAGUUCGAGCCUCGUGUCCGCAAACAUGUAAAGGCGAACGCGCCCAUUGAGCUUGUUCUACCCGCUUUCCCUUGGAAGAGUGUCAACAAGGUUGAGAAAGUCCUUGGCGCUGUGCCCGACUUGGGCGAAGAGUUGGGUUUGGGUCGUCUUCAAAACCUCUGCGAAGAUAUCCAAUCCAUCUACCCGCCUGGAGCGUAUGUCACCGUCACCUCAGACGGCCUUGUCUACAAUGAUCUCCUAGGUAUCUCCAACGAGGAGGUAUACGAGUAUGGUGGUGCUCUCCGACGAAUGGCUGAAGAGAAAGGCUAUGAUCGUCUCAAGUUCAUCCGUAUUAUGAACCUUUUGGGUCUUACCGACAGCCCGCACAUGACCAAGGAGGAGUACUUGGCAUGUGUUGAUGACUCGCGAAAGAUGCUUGUGGAAAAGUAUCUCCCUGCAGACUUUGACGCUCGCGAUGCCAUCCUGAACGACGCCGAUAUCAACCUGACCUACUGCGGCUACAUCAUCUUCUUGAGCAAAGAUAUGCGCCACAGCCCAAUCACCGCUGGUGUCACCACCAAGCGAGAAUACAGAACGGUCGUUAAGCGAGUUGCGCACGACAUGAUUACUCGAGGCAAGGCCUUUGCUGCUGUUAUCGAAGACCGUCUCCCCGACUACGUUCGCCUUUCCAUCCACCGAUCUACAGGUCUCAAUAAGCUCUCUUUCCCUCUCGUUCCACAGCCCAACCACUUCUCCAUGACUCCUUGGCACUGCUGCAUUGCUGUUACUGCCAAGGGCCAGUUCCGCACUGCUCACGCCAUUGAGCUGCGCGAGACGCACGACGUAAUCGAGCAAAACGGUCGACCUUACUACUACAGAGAUCGCUCUGAUGUGUGGAAGUGGAAUGUGCCGGUUGAGUUUGAGUUCUUCUAUCCCAGGGGCAUCUACGUGAGGGCAAAGACUGCUGAGGGUGAAGCUGCUCCUAAGCUAGGUCCAAACGAGCUUGCCAAGAUCAAAGAGCUGGGCAAAGGUUUCUCUCCUGUUAUUCCUACAGGUUUUGCUUAG